AUGCAGUUGAUGUUUUUCCGUGAGGUGUGGGAGAUGGAGGGGUUGCAGACAGUGGGGAUACUCCUGGUGGUCUGUAGCUCCCUCAAACUGAUGCACUUCCUGGGGCUCAUCGAUUUCUCCUCCGGAGACAGCGUAGAGGAUGACUUUGAGUUGUCCACUGUGUGCCAUCGACCAGAGGGGCUGGACAAACUACAGGAGCAGACCAAGUUCAACAAGAAGGAACUACAAGUUCUCUACAGGGGCUUCAAGAACGAGUGUCCGAGUGGAGUGGUGAAUGAGGAGUCCUUUAAAACCAUCUACUCCACAUUCUUCCCCCAGGGAGAUUCGGGUGCGUAUGCACAUUUCUUGUUUGAGGCCUUUGACACUAACAAGAAUGGAUCGGUUAGUUUCGAGGACUUUGUGUUUGGUCUGUCUAUCAUUCUGAGAGGAACGAUAAACGACCGGCUAAACUGGGCCUUCAACCUGUACGACCUGAACAAAGACGGCUGCAUCACCAAAGAGGAGAUGAUGGAUAUAAUGAAGUCUAUCUAUGAUAUGAUGGGGAAGUACACAUACCCCUGUAUGCAGGACGAGGCACCCAGGGAACACGUGGAGAGCUUUUUCCAGAAAAUGGAUCGUAAUAAUGAUGGUGUGGUCACUAUUGAUGAGUUCAUCGAGUCAUGCCAAAAGGAUGAGAACAUCAUGCAGUCCAUGCAGCUGUUCGACAACGUCAUCUAGGAGCCUCUGACAUAGGAAAGUGGCUGGAGGACAGGGGAGGUGUGUGUGUGUGAGUGUGCACCACAGGAGGUUGGUGGCACCUUAACUGGGCAGGAAUGGCUUGUGGUGAUGGUUGUAGAGGAAUAAGUGGAAUGGUAUCAAAUACAUCCAACACAUGGUUUCCAUGUGUUUGAUGCCAUUACUUUUGCUCCUUAGCGGCCAUUAUUAUGAGCCGUCCUCCCCUCAGCAGCCUCCACUGGCAUGCGCGUGUAUUUGUAUGUGUGUGUGUGUGUGUGUGUGUGUGUGUGUGUGUGUGUGUGUGUGUGUGUGUGUGUGUGUGUGUGUGUGUGUGUGUGUGUGUGUGUGUGCGCAUGUGUGUGCAUGUGUGUGUGUGUGUAUUUCUCUCUGCCCUCACUCCAAGCCAAAAGGGGGUGCCUCCUCUUAUCCAGCCCUUCAUCUCUCCCAGAGACAUAGAGAAGAGAGGGGCUGGUGAUCCACACCCACAUCAAGGACCGGUUCAGGAGUGAGCAACGUUACAGAACAUUCAGAUAGAAAUGUGUUGUGUAGAACAAAUAUGAUUGCCUGUCCUGUGUAAUAGGGAGUCAAUCGUGUCAGCUCUAUUCGUUACGUCUAUAUGCAACUUUUGGAGUGCUUUGUCUGGUUGAAAACACCCCUGGUUCGUUAACUAUUGUAUUAUUUUAACACUCCUGUUUCUGACACAGCUGCUGUAGCAUGCUGCCUGGCCUCAAUGUAGGAUAAAGUCCCCCAUACUCACUGACCAAUUGUCCGUUUUGCAUGUCCCCGCCUAAUGGUUAAGGUUAGGGUCGGGGGUGGCUAAUCCUAGAUCUGUGGUUAGAGGCAACUUCUACCAGAGCAGCUGGACCCCUGACACCUCUGUCAUUAAAACUAAGGUAACUACCGCCACUUAGUGGACAAAAGGAGACUUGGAAAAGGGACAAUGGAACUGAAGGGACUGAGGAUCUGAAGGAUGAGACUUCUUGCGAACAGAAGACAGAGACAGAGUUGUUUUUAAUAAGGGACUGAUUUGAAUAUCGCAAUAAUGAUGUCACUAAUAAUAACUUGUACAUAUAUACAGAAAUACUCCAAAGCCUGUCUGCCUGUCUGCUGUUGCUAAAGUCAUCCACAGGUGCCUCGCUCCGUGUGUGUGUGUGCGCGUCCGUGUGCGUACUUGUCAUUCCUGUCUCUGGUAGGAAACCAUUCAAAUUUCAACUCCAUAUGAGGCCUCCUUUGUACUAACACUAACGUAUGCUGACUGUUGUACCUCUUCCAAUUACCCUGCGGUCAAGAACUACUAGAGAGUCUAAUGUGGGGCUGAAUUGAUGAACAUGCUACUUCGACCCUCUAGGCUUCAGUAGACUCCUUAGCGUAUUUACAGGUGACUAGCUGAUGCAGUGAAGCAUGGGAAUAGGAGUUGAAACGGAAAUGUCUGGCUUAUCAAAUACUGUAAUGCGUCAUAUUAUGCCUAUCUUUCAUUAUACUGAUCAUGCAACUGAAACGGGAAGCAUUUCUGUUUAGAUCGACCAUGAAAGAGCAGCAACAUGUCGAGGACAAUUCUACCUGAUACAGUAUCCAAGUUAGGCUUCUUGUUUCAUGUCUACGUACACAAAGUCAGGCGUGGGUGUUGUCGUGUGUGUGCGUGUGCGUGUUUGUGUGUGC